AUGGCGGGUGGAGAGAAGCAGACUCUUACUCCAAAGGAAAUUAUACAUCAGAAGUUUGGUGUUAAAGCAAGUUACAGAAUUGAGGAAGUUCAUGUUUCUUCUAAGAGUGCUCGAUGCCUCUAUCGAUGCCACUUGCAACUACCAGAAUUUUCUGUUGUGUCAAAUGUCUUCAUGAAGAAGAAUGAUUCUGAACAAUCUGCUGCUGAAUUGGCUCUUGAGAAGCUUGGCAUUCAGCCUUGGGAUGUUGAUGAUGAUAUAACUGUGGAGGAAGCUUGGGAUGAUAUCGUUGAACGCAUUAAGUAUAUAUUUUCUGAUGAGUUUCUUUCCGCUGAUCAUCCUCUGGGAGCUCACCUUAGAGCAACAUUGCAAAGGGAUGGUGAACGUUGCGAAGCAGUUCCUGUUUCUGUCAUUGCUGCAUUUGAUGCAAAGAUUAACAGUCGCUGUAAAGUGAUUAAUCCUUCGGUGGACUCGGAUCCGAUCUUGGCCAUGUCCUAUGUUGUGAAGGCUGCUGCAAAGUUAUCGGACUACAUUGUCGUAUCUCCGCAUGUAGCUUCACUCCGAAGGAAAAAUCCAUACCCUCCAGAAAUUGUAGGAGCACUGGCUACUCAUGGAGAAAGCAGAAAAGUUGAGGCUUUAUAUAUACAAUGCACCAGUGGCGGUGAAGAGCUUGUUCAGGUUGUUGAUCCGAUCACUCUGGAUAUUUCAUCAAGUCGGUAUUACAUGGAUAUAAUCGCUGAAAAGCUUGGGUUGAAGGAUGGCAGUCAAGUGAUGAUAUCCAGGGCUUCUGGCAAAACUUCCUCUGGCUAUGAGUGUAGAGUAUACUCUGCCAUUCCUAAGUUGAAUCCUUCCGAUAAAUCAUCGAAAGCGUAUGGAAAACGUCCGAUUGAUGAAACAUCACAUUUUAAAAAGUCUUGGAAUGCAAAAGCAAGUUUGGUUUGUGGUCAAGAAAUUCACGGUGAUGCGAUCAUGGCAUCUGUUUAUUACCCAUGGAGGUCCCGUGAUCUUGAACAUGAUGAUGUAACCUUAAAGUUAUUUUACAGGAUAUGUUGCAUUAUGUCUCCUAAUGGAAUCUAUAAAAUCUUCCGAAAAGCGUUCAUAGGUGCGCACUUGCCUUCAUUAUUCACUACAAAGUCUAAUUGGAGAGGUCCAUUUCCUAGGGAGAUUCUCUGCAUGUUCUGCCAACAGCAACAACUAUCUGAACCCAUCUUUACUAUAUCCACUGCUUCUGUGAAAUCACUGUCCGACAUAUUAAGAUCCCACCAGAAGUUGAAAGACACAGAGUCGGAGGAUACUGACCAUGGGUAUUUGAGUAGGGAAAAAGAGGAUACACCAGGAUUAGAGCAUGGGUAUAGAUGUGAAGUGAAAAUCCUCUCAAAGUCACAGGAUUUGGUUUUUGAAUGUUCGUUGAGAAAGUUCUAUGAGAAGGAAAAUUAUGCGAUUCAAAAUGCUUCAUUGAACGCCCUAUCAUGGUUUAGUGGGUUUUUCGACAAUCUGGAUGCGGAGCCACUGCAACCAGGUUAUGAGGAUGAAGUCCUGGAAGGGCUAUUUGAACAAAAGAUCUGGAUGAAAGAGAUUCUUCCAAGUAGUAGAAUGUAUGAACGGCCCACGGCUAUCCGAAAUAGAGAUUCGUAUAAUUCAAGGAGCGCUAAGAAGCUACGGGGACGGAAGCAUGUUCGAUCUAUAGCAAACGGUUCCUUGGUCAGCUUAUGCUAUUCUGUGUCGUUGAAGGUAGAUGCUGACAUUUCGAGGAAUGGUGAACCAUUAGAAGAACUGCUUGAAAGCCAUGAAGAGAUAGAGUUUGAGGUAGGGAAUGGAUCUAUGAAUCAACAACUUGAAUUAGUUGUUACUCAGAUGUCUGUGGGCCAAUAUGUUUGUUUUGGAACUGAUUCGCCUACUCAAGACUUGAUUUUGGCUGCUGCCACUGAUACUGCAAGAACUCUCUCAUUGUUUUCAGAACUCGCAGCAGGUUUGGAAUACCGUGUACAUUUGUUGGGAGUGAAAGGCCCGACAGAAAAACGAAUGGAAGCAGCUUUUUUCAAACCUCCACUUUCAGAACAGCGUGUUGAAUAUGCAUUGAAACAUAUAAAAGAAUCAUCAGCUUCUACUUUGGUUGACUUUGGAUGCGGCUCUGGAAGUUUACUACACUCUUUACUUGACUAUCCAACUUCACUUCAAACCAUUAUCGGUGUUGACAUCUCACAGAAGCGUCUUGCCCUUGCUGCUAAGAUGCUACCUUCAAAAUUAGAAAAGGGAGCUUGCAACCUCAAAUCGGUUAUACUCUAUGAGGGUUCCAUCCUCGAGUUUGAUUCCAGGCUGCAUGACAUUGACAUCGGCACUUGCUUAGAGGUCAUUGAACACAUGGAGGAAGAUCAAGCCUUUCAGUUCGGGGAAACAGUUCUAAGCUUGUUUCGUCCGAAACAUGUGAUUGUUUCCACGCCAAACUAUGAGUACAACAGAAUUCUCCAUAAGUCUCUUCCAAACCAACCAAAAGACAAUUCCAUGUCACAUAGGUCAAAAUUCAGGAACCAUGACCACAAGUUCGAAUGGACAAGGGCGCAGUUUAACCAGUGGGCAUCUAAGCUCGCCAAACGACAUAACUACAGCGUCGAGUUUAGCGGUGUUGGAGGUUUUAGUAAAGUGGAUCCCGGGUUUGCUACUCAGAUCGCUGUUUUUAGACGGCAAUCUUUCUCUGCGGUUGAAAAGGUCGCAGAAGGAUCGAUGCAGCCUUAUAAAGUCGUAUGGGAAUGGAAGAAAGGAAAUGGAGACAAAAAAGAGUAA